AUGGGACGACACAUAUCCAAGGAACGAAAGCAGAUUGCUCUGCAAAUGAGCGUGCUGGGCAUUCGGGAUCCAAUGAUCCGUCGUUACACUGGCAUAAGUGAGCGUUCACUGCGCUACAUCCGGAAGACAUUUCGGGAGACUGGCGAAGUCGUGAGGACACCAGUUUGUGCAGGUCGACCUCGCGUCCUCGAUUCCCUCGAUGCAAAUGUGAGUUAUUGUUUAAUUUUAGUAUUA